GACGUCUUUUUUUAUUCCGAGCCACGUUUAAAGAAAGAGGUAUUUUUAACAAGACAACACAGUUAACGUGCGAGGUUUGCGUGUGUCGUAAGAAUCUCGAGGGAGAGUCCAAAGUUGGACCUUCUUUCAUCUGUUAAACAGGCUAGUAUUUUCAUCAACACUACAUAGAGGGGCUUGCAAUAUCUCACAACUUUUUCCCGUGGCUCCCUUUUCGACUUGUUGGACUGGAUAUUAUUUACUUUGGGACUAGUUUCGUGAAUCGGAUCCGGCGGGGCUCUCUCUAGACACUCUUUACUCUCUCUUGAGGCUCAUUUGGAAACGUGCCUCACAUAACGAAAUCACUCAUAUUCGCUAUAGAGGAACGGGCUUUAGCGUUUGUUGAGGGAAUUAAAAUUUUCCACCCGAGAUCAGUUGGAAACUAUAAAAGACAAACUGUUCGAGGACGAUUUUCUAGGACUUCAGAGUCUUCUCCUUAUUGUAAUCGAAGUAUACCAGCGAGGAUACGAAGGCAUAAGAGCUAUGCCUCAAAAAGGGAUAUUUUAAUAGAGUGAAGCAGAUGAGAGUCUAAAAAUUGUUUUAAGCGGACAGUCAACUCUGUUUCCAGAAUACUACAACCGUGCCACGUGGGAGUCUGGCGUCGCGUCCAUGAUGCAAAACAAGGUGUAUGACAUCUGUAACGAAGGUCACAGUGGAGUGAACCAGCUCGGCGGUGUGUUCGUCAACGGCAGACCGCUGCCAGACUCCACGAGACAGAAAAUAGUUGAACUCGCUCACAGUGGCGCGCGGCCGUGUGACAUAUCCCGGAUUCUGCAGACCCAUGCUGAUGCAAAAGUCCAAGUGCUGGACAAUGAAAACGUGUCGAACGGCUGCGUGAGUAAAAUCUUGGGUAGAUACUAUGAAACGGGCUCCAUCAGACCCAGGGCGAUCGGAGGAAGUAAACCACGAGUAGCGACUCCCGAGGUGGUCGGCAAAAUUGCCCAGUACAAGAGGGAGUGUCCGUCAAUCUUCGCGUGGGAAAUCCGAGACAGGCUUCUAUCAGACGGGGUCUGCACAAACGAUAAUAUACCCAGUGUGUCAUCGAUAAACAGAGUACUGCGCAACCUGGCUAGCGAAAAGCAACAGAUGGGCGCAGAUGGCAUGUAUGAAAAGCUGAGGAUGCUGAACGGUCAGACCGGCACGUGGGGGACCCGGCCGGGAUGGUACCCCGGUACCUCAGUGCCAGGGCAGCCCAAUCAAGAUGGCUGCCAGCAAUCAGACGGAGGCGCUGAGAACACAAACUCAAUAAGCUCCAAUGGAGAGGAUUCCGAUGAGACCCAAAUGAGGCUUCAGCUAAAAAGGAAACUGCAAAGAAACCGCACAUCUUUCACCCAAGAACAAAUAGAAGCACUUGAAAAAGAGUUCGAGAGAACGCACUAUCCUGACGUUUUUGCAAGAGAGAGACUUGCUGCGAAAAUAGAUUUACCAGAAGCAAGAAUACAGGUGUGGUUCUCGAACAGGAGAGCAAAAUGGAGGAGAGAGGAGAAGUUAAGAAAUCAAAGAAGACAAGCCAGUAACUCUUCGAGUCACAUACCCAUCAGUAGCAGCUUCAGCACUAGCGUUUAUCAGCCAAUCCCUCAGCCCACCACGCCAGUAUCCUUCACAUCAGGAGCUAUGUUGGGAAGAUCGGACACAGCCCUCACGAACACAUACAGCGCCCUGCCACCGAUGCCAAGCUUCACCAUGGCCAACAACCUUCCUAUGCAACCCAGCCAGACAUCAUCCUACUCCUGCAUGCUGCCCACUAGUCCUUCAGUGAAUGGGCGGAGCUAUGACACAUACACCCCCCCACACAUGCAGGCACAUAUGAACAGCCAAUCAAUGGCCACCUCAGGCACAACCUCAACAGGUCUAAUCUCGCCUGGAGUGUCUGUACCAGUCCAAGUGCCAGGCAGUGAACCAGACAUGUCCCAGUACUGGCCCAGACUACAGUGAGAACAAGACACACGAGAACAAAAAAAAAAAAAAGAGAGAGAGAGAAGGAAAACAGAGGAGAGGAAAA